CUCAGGUAGGCCUAACCUGUACCCGCCCAACCAAUAGGGAGCCGCGUUUCUCUGCCUCGGCUGCAAUCUCGAGGUUUCUAUUGGUCCUCCGAAGCGUCGAUAGGCUGUGACAGCAUCGCAAUUACACCGCGGAAAAAAAGAGGAGCGAGAGAGAGAGCGAGGGGAAAAUGAUUAAUCUGUCAAAGGCAAAUUUGGGAUCGGGAUGAGAGCUCUGACAUCCAGCCGAGCGUAACGCCAGCCCCCGCAGGCGAGCACCAUUAAUGCACAGGAGUUUUACGCUAAGCCGAUGCACCGCCAUAGCAGGUGGUGCUCGUAUAAUCGUCCGAGGGUCUCGUGUCACUCGUCUCUGCUGCCUGAUCUGUGCCUCGUUUCAGCACUGGACAGCGACCGGGCACUGAAAACACCGAGGGAAUCCUGAGGCGGGUCGGUCCGACCCUCGCUUGGCUCGGGGCAAUGCGCGCCUAGAUGACUUCACUACAUCAACAAGCACCGCGGUAGUCCUGGACUAAUAUAGCAGAGCCACAUCUUUCCCCCCUCAUCUCUCCUCCUCCUCCUGCUCUCUCUCUCUCCAUUCGCUGAUCCUUCCGUCUAAAGGCACCAUGGGAAACCGUGGCAUGGAGGAGCUGAUCCCGCUGGUCAACAAGCUGCAGGAUGCCUUCAGCUCCAUCGGCCAGGCCUGCAACCUGGACCUGCCGCAGAUCGCAGUGGUCGGAGGCCAGAGUGCAGGAAAGAGCUCUGUGCUGGAGAACUUUGUAGGCAGGGACUUUCUGCCCCGUGGAUCUGGCAUUGUCACCCGCAGGCCCCUGGUUCUGCAGCUUAUCAACUCUUCUGCAGAAUGGGCUGAAUUCCUCCACUGCAAAGGGAAAAAGUUCACAGACUUCGAUGAGGUUCGCCAGGAGAUCGAGGGAGAGACGGACCGUGUCACGGGGGCCAACAAAGGCAUAUCUCCCAUCCCCAUCAACCUGCGGGUUUACUCCCCUAAUGUAUUGAACCUGACUCUCAUCGACCUUCCGGGGAUCACUAAGGUGCCAGUCGGAGACCAGCCCGCGGACAUCGAGCAACAGAUCAGGGAUAUGAUCAUGCAGUUCAUCACCAGAGAGAGCUGCUUGAUCCUGGCCGUCACUCCGGCCAACACUGACCUGGCCAACUCUGAUGCCCUAAAACUGGCGAAGGAUGUGGACCCCCAGGGUCUGAGGACUAUUGGAGUGAUCACCAAAUUGGAUUUGAUGGAUGAGGGCACAGAUGCCCGUGAUGUCCUGGAGAACAAAUUGCUUCCACUUCGAAGAGGGUACAUCGGAGUGGUGAAUCGCAGUCAGAAGGAUAUUGAUGGAAGGAAGGACAUUAAGGCAGCUUUAGAAGCCGAGAGGAAGUUUUUUUUGUCCCACCCAGCAUACAGGCACAUGGCUGAGAAAAUGGGCACUCCACGCCUGCAGAAAAUACUCAACCAGCAACUUACCAACCACAUCCGGGACACCCUGCCAGCUUUCCGCAGCAAGCUGCAGUCCCAGCUGUUGGCUCUGGAUAAGGAGGCAGAGGAAUACCGGGGAUACCGACCUGAUGACCCGUCUCGCAAAACCAAGCAGCUGCUGCAGAUGGUGCAGCAGUUCUCCGUGGACUUUGAGAAGAGAAUUGAGGGUUCAGGGGACCAGGUGGACACAGUGGAGUUGUCUGGUGGAGCAAAAAUCAACCGCAUCUUUCAUGAGCGUUUCCCCUUUGAGUUGGUCAAGAUGGAGUGUGAUGAGAAGGAGAUGCGUCGCGAGAUCAGUUAUGCCAUCAAGAACAUCCACGGUAUCAGGACUGGACUUUUCACCCCAGACAUGGCAUUUGAAGCCAUCGUGAAGAAGCAGGUCAUAAAGCUGAAGGAGCCUUGUGUCAAGUGUGUGGACAUGGUCAUCCAGGAACUGAUUAACACUGUACGCCAGUGUUCUAACAAGCUGGAAUGCUUCCCCAGGCUGCGAGAGGAAACUGAGAGAAUUGUCACGUCUCAUAUCCGAGACAGAGAGAGUCGGGCCAAGGAUCAGGUUCUGCUGUUGAUUGACAUCCAGCUCUCUUACAUCAACACUAACCACGAAGACUUCAUUGGAUUUGCUAACGCGCAGCAGAGGAGCAGUCAGACUAAUAAGAGCCAGAGUUCAGCAGGAAAUCAGGUCAUCCGCAAAGGCUGGCUGACUAUUAACAAUAUCAGCAUCAUGAAGGGAGGAGCCAAGGAGUACUGGUUUGUCCUGACUGCUGAGAGUCUUUCCUGGUUUAAGGAUGAUGAGGAGAAAGAGAAGAAGUACAUGCUGCCCCUGGACAACCUGAAGGUGCGCGACGUGGAGAAGAGUUUUAUGUCCAGCAAGCACAUAUUCUGCAUCUUUAACACGGAGUCAAGGAAUGUGUAUAAGGACAAUCGCACCCUGGAGUUGGCCUGCGACUCUCAGGAUGACGUGGACAGCUGGAAAUCGUCUCUCCUGCGUGCUGGGGUCUAUCCUGAGAAGACAAUUACGGUUGAGAGUGAGACCACCACCAGCACAGACAACUUCUCGAUGGACCCUCAGCUUGAGCGUAAAGUGGAAACCAUCCGUAACCUGGUGGACUCUUACAUGGCUAUAGUCAACAAGUGCAUCAGGGACCUCAUGCCCAAGACCAUCAUGCAUCUCAUGAUCAACAAUGUGAAAGACUUCAUCAAUGCAGAGCUGUUGGCCCAGCUGUACUCUGCCGGUGACCAGAAUGCCCUAAUGGAUGAGUCCCAGGAGCAGGCCCUGAGGAGAGACGAGGUACUGAGAACCCACCAGGCCCUGAAGGAGGCGCUGGCUAUCAUCGGUGAUAUCUCCACCUCUACCAUUACUGUCCCACUGCCUCCACCUGUUGACACCUCCUGGAUGGGAGGAUCCACUGGUGGUCGCAGGUCUCCUCCACCCAGCCCCACUGCUCCAAGGAGGAUGUCUUCAGGCCAACGUCCAGCUCCCAGAGGGGCCCCGCCGCCACCAAACCGCCCAGGACCCCUGGGGCCCUUCAAUAACAGUGCUGAUAGCCCUCAGGCUCCCAGCCGCCCAAACCGGGCCCCUCCUAGCAUCCCAAGUCGGCGGCCCCCUCCAUCUCCUACAAGACAAGUCCCUCCAUAAUCAUAUAAAGGGAUUCUUCAUAUCCUUAUCUCCUUCCCUUAUCCAUUUCAUCCCCCCACUCUAAGCCAUGGCUCUGCUGUCCUGGUCUCUUCUUAGUGCUGACACUGAAGUCUUUGACCCCCUUUGACCCUCGAUUUCCUGCCAGGUGACGAUGUCCAUAUAUUUAUGUACAAUAUGGUACUUGUCUUGUGGUGUAUGUGUACGUGUGCUUGUUGCUCGCCUGUGGUCCAGGUUUGCUUAGCAGGUCCACUACCCAGUAUCGGUCCCUGGAACCUCUUCCCCGUCCACAAACCCUUUGCCAAGUCAACCACCGCCCCCACUUUGCUGCUUCUACAUGAAAAUACGCUCAGCAGUCGUACUGCCCUACUCAUUCCAAAAUGCAGCAUGGCACAUAAGCUGCUUUUAUUGCAUGGGAGUGUAUGUGUGUAGAGUGUGUGCGUGUAUGCGUGUUUUGUGCGUAUGUAUAUGGGGGAGGGACUAAUUUGCCUAUAUGUAGGCUGAGUUUGAUUUAGUAUUGUAUUAAUUUAUUGUAUAAUGCCCCCUCCCCUCCUAAGUGUUAAAUAUCAGCUUGAUGUUCUCUUAGGAACAGAAGUUGUAACUUAGUAUAUGUGUGAAUAUGCAUUUUCGUGUGCGGAUAACUCUGUGUAUGUGCGUGCGUAUGGGCGUGCGGGAACACGUGAGCAUGUGCCGUCUGUCUGCACGUUUGUUGGCGUUUCAGUUUCUAUUUGUUUUCAUGGUCAAAGCUGUUAAUGAUGAAUCAAAAAACCCUCCGGGGUCAAUUUUAAUGUUGGACUUUUGUGAGUUGUUCCUGUGUUGUAGUAGCAGCCAUACACACAUAGCAAGGCUGAGGAGCACCUUCAAUAUUCUCUCUAUAUAGAAAACAGCCUCAAUACUGCAUUUAACCUCGUCAUAGGUGUCCACCUGUGCUGUAACAAUGGUCAAAUUGUGACCCUUGCAGCCUUAAGCUUCGAUGCAGACGCUGACAGUAAGAUGAAAAGAGAAAGAAUACUUAUUUAACGUGGGCAGAACACACGUUCAUCCAUUAACGAAGAAAGGACAUGUUCUUACAUGUUUCCAUUUAGCCUUUUUCUCAGGUUCGAAACAUGCGACUCCAUGCAUAUCAUGACUAGCAUUCCUAUUUUCAAACUCUUCUAGUCUCUUCCGUUUUACUCGCAAUCACUUAAGCUGGCUGGUCAGCGUUUGUAUCAGCGCUCAAGGUUGUAUUGUCAACGUAUAAGUGCUUCUCUGUCAGUUUGUUAUUGUGUAUGUGGGCCUAAACUGUGUUCUAAUGUAUAUAAAGUAGGUAAUGAUAAGGAGAUACUGUACCUGUGGACUAUAAAGACCUCAUCAAGGAUCCUAGCGCUUUAAUCGUUCUCUCUCGUGUCUCUACUCACUAAAUGCUCUCUUCUCCCUAAUUUAGACUGCCUUACCGGCAUGAACUACAAUUCUGUAUUGCCAAAGCUAAAUGUAGAAGGGGAUAGGUAAAGGUAAUUAAAAAAAAUAAAUCUGCUGAUGACCAACAGCAAAACGGUUCCAUUUGUAGUGAAAUUGCAUUGUUUAGCAGAGGGCAUACUGUUAAAUUGGGGAAAUGCAUCAGUUGUUAUUUUCUGUGUCUCUGUAUCUCUCCUCAAUAAACUUCUCCCUCAUAAUGUCA